AUGGCCACCAAGCAUCGUCUCAGGCGCUCGUGCGCCUUUUGCCGUGCCCGCAAGAUCAAAUGCUCAAAUGAGACAAUUUGCGAGGCUUGCCGCAGGCAAGGCGCUGACUGCAUCUACGACUUUGAGCCUCCCCGGCCCAAGGCUCGUGGCAGCAUGGACACCACACGAUCCGAGUCCAUUGCCAGCCUCCGUCACGACAUCUCGCCUCUCAUGAGCCGGCAGCGAUCCAACACGGGCAGCUCCGUCAAGGGGAGCCCCGUUAUGGGAGGCGGUCUCGUAGACGAGCCAUUGGCCUCCGAGGAUGGCGACAACGUAGCCUCCAUCCUUGACCUCGCCUUCUUUGACAACUUCACUGCCAAUGCGCCGGCACGCACAUCUCACACUCGUCCUGACGGCAUGGUCAGCAAGUACGGCGACUCGGCCAAGUUCUCCAGCGUUCUCUCCCUGUUGAGCCAUGACCUCGUGGGGCUGUCUGCCAACCAGAUGGGCUCGCUGGGCUGCUCUCACGUCGAGGAUGGCAACGCAUCUUUUUUUCUGUCUGGCCUCGAAAACGACGAGACGCCCACCAUGUUCAACAGCACACCACCGCCUGCCACCAACCCCGUCACGGAGUACGGGCAGCGCCAGCAGAUGCAGCUCAUCGACGUCUGGUACUCAUCCCACCCUCUAUCCUUCCUGGUCUCCAAGACGCUCCUCCUCCGGGAGCUCCGCGACGGCACCCAUGAUGAGGUUCUCCUGGCCGUCAUGCUCGCCGAGGCCAACCUUACCAUUGGCGGUGAGGCCGCCAACACCCGUGGUCGGGCCCUCCUGCAGUAUGCGCAGGCGCAGCUGCACACCCGCCCAUUCCAGACCACGCGGAACACUGGCAUCGUCACCGACUCGGGCACAGUCGUCUACAGUGGUAUCUCGACGCGCAUCUUCAGCGGCAUCUCCACGGCGCAAGCUCUCAUGUUGCUCGGAUGGUACGCCAUGACCGAGUCGCAGUUCCGAAGGGCCAUCACGUACAUCCAGCUGGCUGGACGUAUGGCUAGUGACCUCAAGGAGCAGCUCGUGGCGACAGAUGGCAUGCAGCUCUCAAGCCGCAUCAACGGCAUUGACGUCUACGACGUGGAGAGGGAACUGAUUGACUGCCUGUACUGGACCACCUACACGCUCACUCUAUGGGUCUACGUCCAGACCGGUCGCGGCUACUUUGCUUCUCAGUCGCCCACGGUCCUCACCAGCAUCUUCCUGCCCGCAACUGAAGACGCGUCCUCGGCCAUUCAGCUUGACCUCAUUUCUGAGAACGUCAACACCCUCCAGAGGCAGAAGCUCACCAUCAAGGAGAUGUGGCCUCUCGCCCACAUUGGCAUUGCUGUAGCCCACGCCUGCGGCUUUCACCCUCUUCAGCAGGGUGUCGCCGCCGCCAAUCUCAUGCAACGAUGCCGGGACACAAACAGGUUCCUCGUGGACACCACGCGCGACCUGAACAAGAAGGGCAACAACAUGUCCUCGACGGCCAUUGUCCUCACCAUCUACCACACCCUCGCCGUCCAGUACCUCUUCCCCAACCUGGCAGGCCAGGAGAUUGCGCGGCCCGACAUUGUCGAGCGCAUGUGCUACUCCAUCGAAGAGGUGCUCCAGGUGUUCGGCGUCGUCUCUGUCCAGCCCAAGGACGCCCUCAGCAUGACACCUUCGCUGCAGGCCUCCCUUCCCGCCGUCUUCGGGAUGGCCCUCGACACCUGCUCGCGUGCGCUACGCGCUCUACGUGGAAAACGCCAGUCCAGUGGCAUCGUCACAAACUUUCCCUCCGCUCAGGUGUACGCGCCAACCAUCCAGACCAUGGCCUCUCGCCUCUACAACAUGAGCAAGAGUGACUUCCUCCACCAGUCCAGCAGUUUCCGCAUGAUCCGCAAACAGCUGAAGGGAUCGUCUCGCAACCACAGCUCAUCCCGGGCCUCAGUGUCGGGCAGCGAGUCUGACGGCUCCCUGACCAUGUCACCGUCGAGCGAUGACCUCUCGACCGCGACGACGCCCGAGAUGGACGGGCAGGCUGGCUUCGUCUCACCUAAGGACAUGACGACGAUGCCAUCACCCAAGAUGAUGCACCACCAUCCCUCCUUCGAUGCCGUGGCACAGCCUCACAUGAUGCCGCCGAAGCAGCAAGCCUGGCCCCCUGUCAUGGAGACCACCGCCGCGCCGCAUGAGCUCAUGUACAACGCCAUGGACACCAAUGCGCUCGGUAUUCAGUCUCGCGACGACCUGAGUCUCUCGGGGAUGGUGGAUCUCCAGCACGCCUGGCUGCCCCAGAUGCCUCCCCUGACGGAGGCCGACAUGAACAACUUCCAGUGGGACUGGGGCGCGCAGGGUCUCAAGCAGGAGCCGACUAUUGCACCGACCGCUGUGUGGUCUGACAUGGACAUGGUGCUGUGA